UUUGUUUACAAGCGACGGAGAGAAGAUUGCCUGAAAAUGUCCAAGAAGUACGGUUUGAUAGAGCGUGGCGCUGAGUCGGGGCAGACCAAAAAGCAUGCAGCGUUCGCGAGCGAUUCCGAUUCCGAUGGUGAUGGGACGGGCAAGGUGAAGAUAGAGCUCGGCGCUAACCAGAAGCGCCAGGCGGAAGCGAUGCAGAAGAAAGCCAUAGCGGAGGACCCCACCAUCUUCCAGUAUGACGAGGUGUACGACGAGAUUGUGGAGCAGCGAGACAAAACUUCCGGCCAAGGGAAGGAAAAGGCGAAAGAACGGAAACCAAAGUACAUCGAGAAGCUUCUGGAAACUGCGGAACGGCGAAAGAAGGAACAGGAACGUCGUGUUGAACGGCAGGUCCAGAAAGAGCGCGAGGCAGAGGGCGAGCAGUUUAAGGAUAAGGAGUCGUUCGUGACGUCAGCCUAUCGGGCCAAGUUGGAGGAGAUGAAAAAGCUGGAGGAACGCGAACAGCGCGAAGAGUACCUCGAAGCGAUCGGCGACGUUACCAAGCAGUCCGAUUUGGAUGGCUUCUAUCGUCACAUUUACGAGCAAAAGACAAAAACUUCCGACGAGAAAGAUGACCAGGGAGAGAAAGAUAUCGUUCCGGAACCUGAAAAACCUGUGGAGAAGGAAGAGAAAACUAUUCCAUUGAAAAGCUCCCAACGUGGCCGGAAGUACCGGAAACGUAAAUCGGACGAUGAGAAUGAGGAUCAGUCGGAAAGUACGGCACCGAAGGAGCGGACACACUUACAGUCCAACUUGGAUGCCGACUCGGACUUUAGCAUCGAUUCAGACAGUGGUGAUGAAUCUUCCGAUGGCAAAGAAGAUAGUGGCAAGGGUGAGGAUCGCAACAAGGAAGAGGGAGAUGUGAAGAAAGAAGAAUCCAAUGGACAUUCGAAGGAAUCACCCACCACUGAUGGCAAAACCGGCGAAUCCAAGGAUGGGUCGGAGAACGAACAAACUGUGGCUGAAGAACCGGCCGCCAAAAAGCCGAAACCACCGCCCGUUGAUAUUUGGAAAAAGCGGACGGUUGGAGAUGUGUUUGAAGCCGCUCGAGAACGCUACCUCCAGCGACGCCAAACGCAGGAAGCUUGCUAAGUGAUGAGCUUUCCGUCAAUAAACCAUUU